AUGAUCACCACGACGAUCCGUACCCCCCCCUCCGUGCGGGACUUCGUCCCCCUUGCCGAUUACGAGUCGCAGACGCCCGAGUCCUUCGCCGACGGCAAGCCAGUGCUGCACUUUCAUCUUGAAGGCGCGACAGCUCAGAUCCCCAAGUCGCAAUGCGGAACCUUGGCCGUGUUCCCUGCCGACUCGCCCGCCGUCGAGACGCAGGCCAACGGUCAGGAUGAGAGCGAGGAGCUUGUGGCGCAAAAGGUCGACAUUUUCGUCACUUCCCAACACUUCAUCAUCUUUAGCCAAGAGGCCGCUGUCGGCGUUUCCCUCGCGUACCCCUUCAUCUCGAUCCAUGCGCUCAAGCAGGUCGGUACAGAGUCUUCCACCCAGGCCGUCUGGAUGCAGGUCGAAGUUUCCGCUGGCGGUUCCAACGAUGACGAAUUCGAUACGGUCGAGCUGACCAUCCUCCCCCCGGCCUCAUCCGACAGCGAGGUUUCUGGUUCCGCCCAGAAGAUGUAUGACGCCAUGUCCGCCUGCUCCGACUUGAACCCUGAUGAGGAGGAAGACGAGGACGAGGACAACGAUAGAAUCGUUUUUGAGCCUUCCGCCGAGCAUGAGGCUCUUGCCGGCUUCCAUGGAGUCCUGCAUGGCUCUUCGGAUGGUACCCUGCCACCUCCGAUGCCUGGCAGCGGUGGUUGGAUUACGGCAGACAACAUGCACGAGUUCUUCGACGACGAUGGCAACUGGCUUGGUCGGGACGGUCACACCGAUGACGCCCCUGUGAACGGCGAGCUCGGCGAGGGUGCGGGUAGAACGCGGGACCGCGACGAGCUCGAGUCCGAGGGCAUGAACGGCCACGAUGACGGCCACGACGAGGAGAACAAGCGACCCCGAGUCGAGUAA